CUUGCGCUGGCGCUCUCCGGCCGCUGGGGGGCGCUGCUGCACCUCCUGCACCCGCAGGGGGCGCUGCACCUCGCCCGCCUCGCCCGCCGCCGGGGGCCCGUCCUGCGCAUGCGCGUGGGGGGGCGAGAUUUGCUGGUCCUGAGCUCGGCCGCCACCAUCCGGGAGGCGCUGGCCCGGCACUGCGGGGACUGGUUGGGGCGGCCCCCGAGCUACCUGGCCCCAUUGGUGUCGCGGGGGGGUCAGGACCUGGCGCUCGGGGCCCCCACCCCGGGCUGGCGGCUGCAGCGCGCGGCCACGCGGGGGGCGCUGGCGAGGGCGGGGCCACGGCUGGGGGCGGAGCUACAGAAAACGGGGCGUGGCCUCGUGGAGGAGCUCCUUUCCCACGGGGGGGCCCCCCUGGACCCCUUUGAGGUCUUCGCCUUCCACACGUGCAGCACCAUCGGGGGCCUCAUCUUUGGGGACCUGCUCCCCCCCCAGGCCGAGGUCCGGGCCUUCACCCGCUGCGUCCUGGAGCUGCUGGAGCUGUGGGGGAGGGGCUCGCUGCGGGCCCUGGAGGUGGUGCCCGUGCUGAGGGCCCUGCCCCACCCGGGGCUGCGGAAGCUUCUGGAGCUCGUGGAGCUGCGGGAUGCAUUCGUGGAGGCCCAGAUCCGGAAGCACGAGGAGUGCCCAUCCCCCCCCCGGGACACGGUGCUGGGGGCCCUGCGGGACCCCUCGCGGCCGGGCCCCCCCCUGACCCCCCGCCUGCACAUGGCCCUCGUGGACCUCUUCAUCGGCGGCACCGAGACCACGGCGGCCGCCCUGGCCUGGGCCAUCGCCUUCCUGCUGCACCGGCCCGAGGUACCGCGGCGACCGGGGACAUCCGGGGCCAUCCGUGUCCAUUCAC